GAGCAAAGUACAUCUUCCUACUGCAACACCAUCAAUUCUACUGGCGGCACUGGGAGGAGCCCGACGACAGCACCACCAAAAUUGAAGUCCGCCAGAUGAAGAUUGUGAGGGCCUCCUUCCACGGUCAUCUCCACUCGGACUCGGACUUGAAGGAUGAAGAAAUUCAGCAAAUUGUCACUUCCUCCUGUGGCUUUGCCACCAACGACGGACGACCUGGGUGGCGCCUGGUGCAGGUGGAUGCAGAAUCAGUUGAGCACAAGUUCAUUCCUGUGGAAUGGAAGACGAAGGAAUAUCCUUUCUUGCCUCCACGUUUUUCGUAA